AUGGCACCUCCGAGCGGGUCGGCGGCAUACAAGAAGAAAGAUGGCACCCUGACCAUGUCCCAGGAUGGCCAGUCGAUCUCUUGGAUUCCGGCGGCUGGCGGCGCGACUGGAACGAUCACGCUACCUGUGGCUCAAGUUACGAAUUUGCAACAGACCCCUGCGAGUAAUCCCAAAGUCAUGUUGAAAAUCUUUGUCCUCCCCCCAGACGCGCCGGCGAAUUCUUCCGAGCAAUACGUUUUCAACUUUACCGCUGGCGCCAACGCGCGCGCGGAAGCGGACGCCAUUAAAGAUGCGCUUAGCGCGGCCAUUCAGUCAGCAAAAACAGCCCAAAUUGCGCCGACACCAUCUCCUGCUCCUGGUGCGGGCGAAGGCAUGUCAACAGCCAUGGCGUUUGCUAGUGCGGUUUCGUCCAAAAGCUCCUGGGAUGAUGAUAGGCAGUUGAAGGGGGAUGUGGAACUGCAACAGUCAUUACUCAAAUCGGAUGCGAAUCUGCAACGCAUGUUUAUGGAGUCGCUGCAUACUAAGCCCGACACGUUGACCGCGGGGCAGUUCAUGUCACAAUUUUGGUCGACCCGUAUUCAUCUGCUGCGCGCUCAUGCUAUUGAAAGAUCGCAGACGAGAGGGUCUUACAACGUGCUGUCGACGCUGAAGCCGCGAGUGGAAGAUAAUGUGACAAAGUUGAACAUCAGCAAAGAGCAGAUUCAGCUGAUUUUCAACCAGCACCCUCUCAUUAGGCGUGUGUACGAUGAGAACGUGCCCAAGUUGAGCGAGGCGCAAUUUUGGUCCCGGUUCUUCCAGAGUCGACUGUUCAAAAAACUGCGCGGUGAGCGUCUCGCAGAGACGGAUGCCACCGAUGCCAUUCUGGACAAAUAUUUGGCGGUGGACGAGCACGGAAAUCUACCACGGGAAGCGCAUGUUCCACACUUCCUGGACUUGGAGGGAAAUGAAGGGAACAACAGUCAACGCCAGGGAAACCGACCAGACCUCGACAUGAGAUGGUCGGCACCAGACAAGGUGCCCAUUAUCCGAACCUUGAAUAGUCUGAGUGAGAAGAUUAUGGCAAACGUAACACCAGCUGAUGGCGAUCCCCAUGCGCCAAUCGGUAUGAAUGAGGAUACUUUCAACGAGCUACAACUCCGCGAUCUGCACGGAGACGAGGAGCAGAACCGCGUCCUGCUCAAUAUUCCAGACCAAAGCCGGUUCUUCUCUGCCCAAACCAAAGAUACGGAAGAUGAGCAAAAUCGACUCUUCGCCCAGCAAGAUCCAGAAAAGAUACUAGGCGAACUACGCAAAGAAAUCGAACAGAGUCUACCUGAUGAUGGUACCGCACCACUGGGUAGGCUUGUCGAACCGGAGGAACUCAGUGACGAUGAGAAAAACAGUCAAGAGCCUGGAUCUCGAAUCACUCUGCAGAAAUCUUCGGCCCAGAUUCUCACCGCGAUUCGCGAUCGCCGCUCCCAGACGGACGCGUCCUCCACUACUGGCACAUACGGUCUGUCGAGCAGCUUGUACGACCGCUUAACCUUGACGCAUGCUACCACGACCGAGUUCCUGCAUCAGUUCUGGCAAGCAUUCCUGUCCGGGAACCCGGAUCGCGCAGGAGAGCUAACAUCGUUGGUUGACUCGCUGACUCGGGCCAUGGAGCGGAUCAAGGCUGUGGCACAGGAUGCAGAGGCCGAACGACGAGUGGAGGUGGAUCGACUGAAGCGUCAUGCGCGAGAGGUCCUGGAUGCCACAGGUAAGAAAAUCCGACUUAACCUCUCGAGCGUACCAGGCGGUGAGAAAGCGGUCUCACAACUGUUGGGGCCAACUAUUCAUGCACUAGAAACAGCGCAGGCGAAGUAUAAGGUGGCGUUGGCAGAAGAGAUAGAGAACCCCACCCAAUAA